AUGCGGGUCAACGUAGCUCGGGUGUGGGAGGAUGCGGAUUAUGCCAGGGUCAAAAACAUGUGCGAGACUAGUCAAGGAUGGCAAGAGGUUUACAAGAAGAAGAGUAUUUCCAUUUUUACCCAGUCAGUCCCAUGCAGCAACUAUCACAUGAUUAAGGCAGUGGCAAAGUAUACAGACGUACAGCCGAGUGUUGCCUACGAUGUGCUGCAUGAUUCGACGUACCGCUUCACACUGGGAUCGACAUAUGGCAGCACAGUGCUACAUAGGACGAAUAAAUCCGAACAAUGA